AUGAAUAUUAAUAAAUAUAAAUAUAUAAUAUAAUUUAUAUUUAUUCGUUCUCUAUUUAAAAAGAUUAAAAGGAUUUUUAAAUAAUAAAAAAAAUUUGUUUUAUUAAAGAUGGUACUUGGAAAGUUUGUUGAAGUUGGAAGAGUUGUCAAAAUCAAUUAUGGUCCUCAAGAAGGCAAAUUGGCAACAAUUGUUGAAAUCCUCAAUGAUAAGAGAGUCCUCAUCGAUGGACCAACCACCGGAGUUUAGAGAUAAGUCAUUCCAAUCAGAAGAUUGACACUUACCAAAUUCAAUCUUAAAGGUGCAACAAGAGGUGCCAGAACUGGUGUCAUUACCAAGGCAAUUAAAAAAUCUGAUCCAUUCGCACAAUACGCUCAAACCAUUGCUGCCAAGAAGGUUGCUAAGAAAGCACUCAGAGCUAAAUUAAACGAUUUCGACAGAUUCAGAGUCAUGAUUCUUAGAAAGAGAAGAAGUGCCCUCCUAAGCACCCAACUCAAAUCUUUGAAAAAGAAUGCUGGUGGAAAGGCUCAAGCUCCAGCUAAAGGAGGAAAUAAGAAGAAGUGAUCAGCUUAUUAUAAAAUAAGUAUAUUAAUAAAUUUGAAUUACAUAAAUCUGCAUUCAUUGUUUGAUGUCUCUAUCU